AUGUCUCUGCCAGGUCUGCGCGGCUCUUCGCGUGCCUUCCGGGGCAUUGCGAGACCAGCGGUUUCCCCCGCCGGUAAGCUGUUGUGCGCUUCGAGGAGGACCAAGUCGUCCAUGGCCCUCGACGGCCAGCAACAGCUCCUCGCCGCCCACCUCCAACAGGCGGAUCCAACCGUGUUCGACAUCAUCGAGAACGAGAAAAAAAGGCAGAAGCACUUUGUCAACUUGAUUCCGUCCGAGAACUUUACCUCACAGGCAGUUUUGGAUGCGCUCGGUAGCGUGAUGCAGAACAAGUACUCCGAGGGCUACCCCGGAGCGCGCUACUACGGCGGCAACGAAUUCAUCGACCAGUCCGAGCGCCUGUGCCAGCAGCGUGCUCUUGAAGCUUUUGAGCUGGACCCAUCGAGCUGGGGUGUCAACGUGCAAGCUCUCUCCGGUGCGCCCGCCAACCUGUACGUGUAUUCCGCCUUGAUGGACACGCACGACCGACUCAUGGGUCUCGAUCUUCCUCACGGCGGCCAUCUUUCGCACGGUUACCAGACUCCCACGAAGAAGAUUUCCUUCGUCUCCAAGUACUUCGAGACGCUGCCGUACCGGUUGGACGAGUCGACGGGCCUCAUCGACUACGACAAGCUGGAGGAGAACGCACUGCUGUACCGACCCAAGAUCAUCGUCGCGGGUGCCAGCGCAUACAGCCGGCUGAUCGACUAUAAGCGCAUGCGCGAAAUUUGCGACAAGGUCAACGCCUACCUGCUGGCCGACAUGGCCCACAUCUCCGGCAUGGUCGCUGCCAAGGUUCUUCCCGGCCCCUUCCCCUAUGCCGACAUCGUGACGACGACGAGCCACAAAAGCCUGCGCGGGCCUCGAGGCGCCCUCAUCUUCUUCCGGAAGGGCGUUCGGAGACAGAACGCGAAGACGAAGGAAGACGAGAUGUACAACCUCGAAGGGCCCAUCAACACAUCCGUCUUCCCCGGCCACCAGGGCGGCCCUCACAACCACACGAUUACGGCUCUUUCGGUGGCGCUGAAGCAGGCUCAGUCGCCCGACUUCCGCGCCUACCAGUCGCAGGUUCUGGCGAACGCGAAGGCCUUUGCGAAGCGCCUGGGCGAAGAGAAGGGCAAGGGUGGGUUGGGAUACAGCAUCGUCUCGGGCGGGACCGACAACCACCUGGUGCUGGCGGACCUGAAGCCCCACGGCGUCGACGGCGGCCGCGUGGAGCGCGUGCUGGAGCUGGUCGGCGUCGCCGCCAACAAGAACACGGUGCCCGGAGACCGGUCGGCGCUCGUCCCCGGCGGCCUCCGGAUGGGCACGCCCGCCAUGACGACGCGGGGCUUCAACGAGAAUGAUUUCGUCCGCGUCGCCGACGUCGUCGAUCGGGCGGUGACCAUCGCCGCUCGGGUCGACAAGGCCGUGCGUGCGGCGGCCAAGGAGAGGGGCGAGAAGAACCCGGGAAAGCUCAAGCUGUUCCUCGAGCACCUUGGCAGCGGCGAGAACGAGCCGGAGAUUGUGCAGCUGCGGAGUGAGGUGGAGGACUGGGUGGGCACAUACCCGCUGCCGUGGGAGGCGGGCCGGUAG